UCACUUAAGUGCGUACUGUGAACAAAACACGGGUGGCUAUACAGGGUGUCCCAUACAAAGGAUGACUUACUACAGAAUGGAGUGCUGUUAUAACCUGGGACUGUUUGUGUUGGGGAUGCUGUUAAUUUGUGUACCUACUGCAGACGGACAAUCAGUCCGACUUUCGGGAGGAUAUUCCAAAAGCUCCGGUCGUGUGGAAGUGUUACAUUCCGGACAGUGGGGUACAGUGUGUGACGAGUCCUGGGACAACGAUGACGCCGUAGUGGUCUGUCGCAUGCUUGGUUACAGCCGGGGAUCUGCAUACUCCUAUGCGGUGUUUGGCCAGGGUUCGGGACUGAUUUGGAUGUCAGAUGUUGAUUGUUCUGGGUCCGAAUCCAGUCUGUUAGAUUGUCCAUUUCCUGGCUGGGGUAUAUCGACAUGUAGUCAUAAGGAUGAUGCUGGAGUUGUUUGCUUCAAUAAUACAGAUCUCUCGGAGGUAGCCGUACGUCUAGUGGAGAGGGAAGGAUACUAUAACAGUUCCGGCCGAGUUGAAGUGUUUUAUGAUGGAUACUGGGGCUACAUAGGAUCCCGUAACUGGGGCAACAAUGAUGCUCAAGUGGUGUGUAGGAUGCUUGGAUAUAGUGUCGGCCAUUCUGCGUCUGAAUUCCGUCAAUCACACGAAGCCUACGACCGGAAACAACCGACUUGGAUGGAGUAUGUACGAUGUAACGGAUCAGAAAGCAGUAUCGCUGACUGUCCAUUCGGUGGAUGGGGAGUAUUUUCUUCAUCGUAUUAUUAUAACUACCAAACAACCGCUUCCGUGGCCUGCACCGGGCAAAGGGAUAUCGACGAGAGAGCUGUCCGCCUGGUAGACGGAUUUUCACCCGGCUCUGGUCGCCUGGAAGUGUUUUACGCAGGACAAUGGGGCACUGUGUGUGAAUCCUAUCGUUGGGGUGUACAAGACGAUCAGGUCGUGUGCAGAAUGCUGGGAUACAGCGAAAGCGUCCACUAUGAUGACAACCCAUUCCCUAGUGGUACGGGAAUGGUGUGGAUGAGUGAAGUUGGUUGCUCUGGGACCGAAUCCAGUCUGUACGACUGUCCAUUUGACGGAUGGGGAUCUACCUGUUCUCACUCACGAGAUGUGGGUGUAUUCUGUUUUAACAAUACAGACGGUUCUGAGGUGGCAUUCCGUCUGAUGGAGGUAGACGGAUAUCACAACAGGUCAGGCAGAGUGGAGGUUUUCUAUGCGGGGCUAUGGGGAUAUGUCGGAUAUCAUAACUGGGACGAUAAAGAUGCUGAUGUUUUUUGUAGGAUGCUGGGAUACAGAACUGGAAAGGGACACCACGUGACUCAUGAUGUGGAUUUUGGCAACCUCCAACAUCCAACAUGGAUGGAUUAUGUGAAUUGUAACGGGACAGAAAUCACUUUAGCCGACUGUCAGUUUGGAGGAUGGGGAUCAUCCUAUGUAAGAAGCUCAAUGUCAUCUGCAUCUGUUUCCUGUCUCAGUCAGUCUGAUUUCGACGAGAGAGCUGUCCGCCUGGUAGACGGGUUUUCACUCGGCUCUGGUCGCCUGGAAGUGUUUUACGCAGGACAAUGGGGCACUGUGUGUGAUUCCAAUCAUUGGGGUGUACAAGACGAUAAGGUCGUGUGCAGAAUGCUGGGAUACAGCGAAAGCGUUCACUAUUAUGACAACCCAUUCCCUAGUGGGACGGGAAUGGUGUGGAUGAGUGAAGUUGGUUGUUCUGGGACUGAAUCCAGUCUGUACGACUGUCCAUUUGACGGAUGGGGAUCUACCUGUUCUCACUCACGAGAUGUGGGUGUAUUCUGUUUUAACAAUACAGACGGUUCUGAGGUGGCAGUCCGUCUGAUGGAGGUAGACGGAUAUCACAACAGGUCAGGCAGAGUGGAGGUUUUCUAUGCAGGUCUAUGGGGAUAUGUCGGAUAUAGUUCAUGGGGCGAUAAGGAUGCUGAUGUUGUAUGUAGGAUGCUGGGAUACAGAACUGGAAAGGGACACCACGUGACUCAUGAUGUGGAUUUUGGCAACCUCCAACAUCCAACAUGGAUGGAUUAUGUGAAUUGUAACGGGACAGAAAUCACUUUAGCCGACUGUCAGUUUGGAGGAUGGGGAUCAUCCUAUGUCAGAAGCUCAAUGUCAUCUGCAUCUGUUUCCUGUCUCAGUCAGUCUGAUUUCGACGAGAGAGCUGUCCGCCUGGUAGACGGGUUUUCACUCGGCUCUGGUCGCCUGGAAGUGUUUUACGCAGGACAAUGGGGCACUGUGUGUGAUUCCUAUCGUUGGGGUGUACGAGACGAUCAGGUCGUGUGCAGAAUGCUGGGAUACAGCGAAAGCGUCCACUUUGAUGACAACCCAUUCCCUAGUGGUACGGGAAUGGUGUGGAUGAGUGAAGUUGGUUGUUCUGGGACUGAAUCCAGUCUGUACGACUGUCCAUUUGACGGAUGGGGAUCUAUCUGUUCUCACUGGGAUGAUGUGGGUGUAUUCUGUUUUAACAAUACAGACGGUUCUGAGGUGGCAGUCCGUCUGAUGGAGGUAGACGGAUAUCACAACAGGUCAGGCAGAGUGGAGGUUUUCUAUGCGGGGCUAUGGGGAUAUGUCGGAUAUCAUAACUGGGACGAUAAGGAUGCUGAUGUUGUAUGUAGGAUGCUGGGAUACAGAACUGGAAAAGGACACCGCGUGACUCAUGAUGUGGAUUUAGACAACCUCCAACACCCAACCUGGAUGAAUUAUGUGAAUUGUAACGGAACAGAAAUGACUUUAGCCGACUGUCCGUUCGGAGGGUGGGGAUCCUCAUAUGUCAGAAGCACAAUGUUAUCUGCAUCUGUUUCCUGUCUCAGUCAGUCUGACGUCGAAGAGCUUGCCGUCCGAUUGGUGGGAGGGUUUUCCAACAGCUCUGGUCGCGUGGAGUUGUUCUACGCCGGAGAGUGGGGAACCAUAUGUGACGGGUCCUGGGACAAUAAUGACGCUCAAGUUGUCUGUCGAAUGCUUGGAUACAGACGAGGCUCUGCCUACCGGUAUGCUGUAUUUGGGGAAGGAACUGGAAUCACGUGGAUGAGCGAUGUCGGUUGUUCCGGAUCGGAAUCUAAACUGUUCCAUUGCUCCUUCAGUGGAUGGGGGUCUACAUGUUCCCAUGACUACGAUGUAGGGGUCGUCUGCUUCAACGAUUCGGAUGUUUCAGAUGUAAAGUUCCGCUUGGUUGAAGUAGACGAUUAUAAGAAAAGCUCUGGUCGGAUAGAGGUGUUUUACGAAGGUUAUUGGGGCUAUGUAGGAUCAACUAAUUGGCAUGUGAAUGACGCCCAUGUCGCGUGCAGGCUGUUCGGAUACAGCACCGGCUCCGCACAUAACUACCAAUACCGAUUUGAAGGCAUUGAGCGUCCGAAACCUACUUGGAUGGACUCUGUGAAAUGUAUCGGAUCAGAAACUAGCCUCGCCGAUUGUGCCUUUGAUGGAUGGGGAGUGUUCCGUGGAGCCGGGUCUUCCUAUCAGAACUGUGCCUUCGUUAAAUGCACCGGUUUCCUAGGUACAUGUUUGUUUUCUGCAUCGACAGGGGUCAAGUCGACAGCUAUUUUGCCACUGGCAAUAGCCUAUCAAUGAAAUCACGGUUUACAAAACUUAGUAAUUAACAAGAUGGCCGUCGACUUGACACUGAUACCUGUCGAUGCAGAAAACAACCAUUUGGAGCACGGAAAGAGAAAUUUUAUCAAUAAAAUGUUGUAUAGAUAUAAUUCCUAUACAUGCGAAACAUAAUAUAUCUAUUUUUCUUUAUUUCAGCUGCAGUAUUGUUGACAAAUUGUUGUGACGUUCUGACACGAAAAUCUCCACGACAUCUAACAUAAACACAUUACAUCUGCGCAUGUCCCGGUCUCUGUGUCACACUAAGACACAUUCAGUCUGACCAAUUCUUUGUUACAUAACAUCAUAUUGAGUUAUUUACAAUGCUGGUACUUUAUUAUGACAUUCUCAUUACUAUGUCAUGUCUUGAGGUGUCCUAAAUGUGAUGUCCUGUAUCAUGUCAUGUCACGUGGUGUCUACGUAAACGUCAUGUAACGUCAAUAUAACAAAGCCCGUGAUGGUGUAUUACAUCAGUGCGGGCGGCACAUGUGUGUGAGCGUGUGGAAUAUAUAUCAUCAUAAUAACAUAUUAUCUUAUAAGAUGUUUUCCUUUCAACCAAAAAGUUUAUUCUUCUUAUGUAUCCGCCAAGAUAUAAGGUAAGCAUGGUUUUUUUCAAAUUCUUUCAAAUCCAAAGGAAUAGAUGUAUUUCAUUAAUACAUGUACAUUUGUAUCAUAAAUUUCACAUUUUGAUUAAAAUUUUAUGGUUAUUUUUUUUUAAAUUAGCCACAACUAUAAAUUCUAAUUACACGUAUAAUAACAUUAAAGGUAUUUUUCUCUGUCGAUACUUCUAUUAUAACGUUAUGUGUUUAUACUUACACAACUCUUUGUUAAUCUUAUUUUGAAAACUUCCUUUGGUGACACGCCGUAACAAUUGUUUUCAAUUUUAGCUGUUGACAAGUGGGGAAAGUCACAAUGAUAGGUCUAAGCAAACAGAAAGGAGCCCACUCCGGCCUAUAGGUGGACAUCGAGGUUUGAAGUGUGCCCACACGGUUAGAGUUUUCUACGUAAUCGACCUGUAUGGAAUUAUAGGCGAUAAGACUGUGAUGUGUACUUAAAGGACACAACCGUGUCAUACCAGUCGUAAAAAGAACGAGGAAUGGACCAGGCGUCCAGGAGGGGAUAGUGAAGUAGAGCAUUGGGAAGCUGAACUCAUUCUAUGACAGAGUUGCUGGCCGUGGAACCGAGACUUCUAACGUUACAAUUUCGGACUUAUUACAGAUGAUAGGUGUAACGAUACAGCACUCCGAAAAGGAAACCCUGUCAAUAACCGAAAUAGUCAUUCGGAUGCCAGAAACCAGAACACCGUCUGCAUCUCGAGAUUAUUUGUCGAAUUAGUGCUUCAUAAAUAAAGGUGUCUUCAAACAUUGACUCGAAUCUCGACGAUUAACAGCUAAAGAGUUAUGUAUUUAAGAAAAAAUAAAUAUGAUAAUCAUCUGA